AUGGCUCGCCCUAAGUUCGCUCUCGUUACUGGAUGCGGCCAAGGUGGAAUCGGAGAGGCCCUUGUUAUGGAGUACAAGCGGCUUUCAAUGCAUGCCAUCGCGACUGUUCUUCCCCACGAGUCAACUGUUCAUCUAUCGCAGGCUGGCAUCACCUGCUUCCCUCUGGACGUAACAGUUGAAGAUUCCGUCUCAGAGCUCAAACUCAAAGUCCAAGACAUCACCGGUGGAUAUCUCCAUAUCCUCGUGAACUGCGCAGGAAUUGCAUACACUAUGACCGCUAUAGACACAGACGUGAUUGCUGUACAGCGUAUGUUUGACGUGAAUGUCUUUGGCCCCAUGCGUAUGGUGCAUCAUUUCCAUGACAUGAUUAUUGAAGGAUCUGGCACCAUAGUUAAUAUUGGUUCCAUUGGGGGAACCAUACCAUUUGUAUACGGAUCGUCAUAUAAUGCUUCUAAGGCAGCUCUGCAGCAUUGGUCUAACACCCUGAGGGUCGAAAUGGCUCCGUUCAGAGUCAAAGUAAUCACGGUUAUCUCGGGAGAAGUAAACACCAAUAUCCUAAAGGCCGACGCCCAGAGAAGACUUCCAGAAGGGUCUUACUACUCCGCCCUUGAGAAGCAAUUUGAACAGCAUGUCUUGCGAAAGCCGAAAAAUGCCACCGACCGUUUGGAAUUAGCUGAGAACGUUGUCAAGGAAAGUCUGAAGAGCCGCCCGUCUGCUUGGUUUUGGUUCGGAAGCUUCAGCACCUUGACCAGAUUUCUCGACACGUUUGCUUGGCGAACCAUAUGGGUCGGUUCUAUCCGAUAG